AGGUGGUUUCAGGGGGAAGUGCUGUGACGGCUACACGGCAGCAGCGAAGAAACGCUGAGACAAACCAAAAAGACGCCCGGACGACUCAGUCGAAUGGUAUUUUAUCUCCUGUCAGGUAACGAUGUCGGCAACUGAAGAACUUCCAGAGAUGGAUGGAGCAGACCUGUUGGGGCUGCUGUUCCACGGUGGAGAGGACGGGUCUACUGAGUCUCUCUUUGCUGAUGGAAACGGGCUCAUCGAAUCCUGGCUGUCUGAACAAGAGAUGCUCACAGGUAUGGAUACUGAAGACUUCCUGUCCAGCUUGUUAGAGGAAGAGGAGGACAUGGGGACCAUCUGUCCCUCUCGCUCUCCCUCGGGCAGCGACAGCGGUAUUUCUGAUGACAGCAGGAGCACUGGAGUUGGAAACAACAACAUACCCGGUUGCCCGAGUCCUCAGAGCAGUGAUACUGACGUUGUGCCCAGUCCCAGCUACUCCCAGCCCAGCCCGGUGCACUCUGACCCUGCCCUGGGCCUUGAAGAGGUGCAGACAGAGAGCCUGGAGGCUUUAACUGUCCAGGCGGAUCACAGCUACUCUCUGCUGCAGAGCGGAGGCAGAGACAUGGAUAUCUUGCAGAGUGUGAGGGCCGAGAAGCCAGAUACAGAUGUCUUCAUUGAUCUGGAUGACUUGGUGACUGAGGCGAUGGAGGAGGACAUCACCAGCGAGCUGCCCUGCACUUUGUCCAUAGAGGACUCAACACAGGAUUCAACUGAACUCAACUACACAGACCAGUUCCAGUUUAAAGAGAUCGUGCUUACUGAGGAGGAGAAGCGGCUUUUGUCAAAAGAGGGAGCGACUAUUCCCACUCACAUGCCUCUCACAAAGGCAGAGGAGAGAACCUUGAAGAGAAUCAGGAGGAAGAUCCGCAACAAGCAGUCUGCUCAGGAGAGCCGCAAGAAGAAGAAGGUGUAUGUUGACGGACUGGAAAACAGGGUCGCCAUCUGCACGGCACACAACCUGGAACUACAGAAGAAAGUCCAACUGCUUCAGAAACAGAACAUGUCCUUGAUAGAACAACUGAGGAAACUACAGGCUCUGGUGAAGAUGUCGACCAUGAAGGCCAGCACAACCAGCACCUGUGUUAUGGUGUUCCUGCUCUCUUUCUGUCUCAUCAUCUUCCCGUCAGUCAAUCCAUUUGGCCGAAAUGCAGAACAGAAGGAACUCUACACACCCUCUGACUUCGUCUCCCGGACCCUGCGCUCGGUGCCACCAGAAAGCACAGAUGUUUUAUCCUACCUUGAGCCUGAUGACGAGGAGAUUCUCUUAGUGCCCCAAGCAGAGGUGGAGAACCACAAAGCCAUCUUCGCCGGCGGUCAAAAGAAUCACACCCCCGACUACCAGAGAGUGGAGCAACCUGACUCGGAAACGGGAGUCAAUAGCAACUCCUCGGCAGACUUCCCCAGCCCCGCACAGGCUAAAGAGAUAGCACCAGGACCGGCCGGGGCCUUACAGGAAGGGUCCAUCGAUGCCGCGGUGGCGUCUGCUGUGGCGUACGAGGUCGCAGGGUCCAAGGAUAACUGGAUAGAUCGAAACCCCCCGUCUGUCAUACUACAGCAGCAUCGCUCAGAUGAGAUGUAGUAGGGAGAUGUUGGCCAAUAUAACCAGCAGAGGGAGCCAUAUUCCUAAUCUUUUAGGUAACAGAGGGAAGCUUAAACAAAUAGGAAGGGAAAAUAUCAGUAAUAAUCACGCUAUAUCAGUCUGUCCCCACUUUUCCUCUCCAGCUGCCGUCUGAUUAACUACUGUUACUUUUUUGCACUUUUUUGCAGGAUUGAUUUCCUUCCUCCAGUGGGCGAAAAGAACUGGAGAGAGAUUUCCAUAUUUUCCAGCAGUGUAAACGAUAAAAUACACCGCUUGCUGGAAGCCAUAUGCUGCUUAGCACUGAAGGCACCACAAAGUGGGCAUCACCAACAGGAAAAUCUAAAAAGAACCGGCAGUAGAUUACUUGAAAACAUUAUUAUUUAUCGCCAGAUUCUAAGGGGGGAGCUUUGUUUGACUCCAAUCCGUGUGAUUACCUCCAGCCGAUCUAGAUGUUAAUAUAGAAAUGAUCACGAAUGACUCCCCAACAGGGAAUAAUUGUGAAAAGAAGAAGUCCACAGCAAACUAGCCAGAAACAUCCAUCGCUUAUUAGAAGAUAGGCUGCUUGUUUUUUCAUGAAGCUUGAUCAAAGUGGUUGACCACGUAAUGCUUAAAGCCAUUGCAGGACAUUUGGCCAUUUAGAAGACUUGUAAAGUUUGUUAGUAUUCCCCUUGUAACAAGGGUAUCCAUGCUCCUUUUUAAUUUUGAAUGGAAUGCUUUGUUUUUAUGUUGUACAGUAAAACAAGAAAAUAAACUAUAGAACAAAAUGCCUGUAGCCGACCCCAGUCUACCCCCUCGAUCUCCUCUUUUUUGAACUUCAUGGGACAGUUCUUACCUUUUAUAAACACAUCUGAAAUACCUUCUCACCUGUGCACAGAGUAAUGGGGUUCGAUAUAUCUGCUCAGUAAAACCGUGUUGCAGUAAAAUAUACUUAAAAAAUGUAAUGACCUGUUUUGUCAGUGAGGCAUUUUUGUUCCUUUUUUUUGUGUAUUUCUUCCGUUACUGUGGAAUCGAAAAUGGUAUUGGAACUGCUUUUUUGAGAUUUUAAAUGUUGAUCAUGUUGAACAAAUGCACUGACAUUUGACAUAGCCCAAGAAGGGAAUGUAAAUACACUUAAAUGAUUGUAGCUCCUCUGUACAUUCGAACUCUUUAUGUAUAAUACAUGUCUGGACCUCUAUUAUAAUAAUAAACUUUUUAUAAAUCGGA